AUGGCUACAGGACAAUACCGGCAACACAUGUCAGGCACUGCCGCAUACUCGCAGCCUGAGAGUCUUCACUACGAACAUCAACAUGGCGCAGACCCAGAGGGUUAUUAUAUGAAUCAGCCUUAUUAUCCCUCACAAGAAGACGACGGUCUGAACUACACCUCUCAUGAAGAUCACACUCCUGUUACCGCUACCUCGUAUGACAACCCCACCACAUCGUUACCUUAUCAUAUUCGCAAUCAAUCUGCGGCCCAUGACCAAUAUGACGGCGCGCCGAUCCCUCCUCCGAGGACUUCUUCUCAGCAGCAGGGCUCCCCGCACGCCCCUGUAGCUCCCUCAACCGCCCCGUUGGAAGCAAGAGUGGCUGCAACACGACAGGCGAGACAAAAUGCGCCGGAUUCGCAGACUGGUCGGAUUCAAAAUCGUGUCGGAGAUUACAAUGAAGAAAAACGAGACAGGUCGCGGGAUGAUACAUCAACAGCCGCUGCGUCUGCUGCACGUAGCCGAAGAAAAGGCCCUGCCAGCCCCGACGGUCCACACCGUGCCGCGAGUACACGAGAACGAGGUGCACACACCGUGCCCAGCCAGAGCCGGUCUGAAGCCGCCAUGCACUCAUCUAACAAUGCCGCGACGCUCGCGCGCGAGUACAGCGAUGUCAUCAACAGAGUGGUCGUGUCUGAUCCCCAGGAAGAUAUCGAAAGAGCGCAAGAAAGAAUGGCGGAAGCUCAACCAAUGAGCCCAGAUGCGCGAAAUGUCCCCGAAGUUGACGAUGAUCUUCUUCCCCCUCCGGGACCGGCUCGUCGCCAAGAUUACUCCAAGUCAUCUCGUCGAAAGGACGUCCAGUUCGGGGACUACGUGCUUGGACAGACGCUUGGUGAAGGCGAAUUUGGCAAGGUGAAACUGGGCUGGAAAAAAGAUGGUAGCACUCAAGUGGCCAUCAAGCUCAUUAGAAGAGAGACGGUGGCCUCUAACCCGACACGCCUGCCCAAAAUCUAUCGCGAGAUUUCCAUCUUGCGGGAUCUGGCGCAUCCCAACAUUGUCCGACUCCACGAAAUGGUCGAGACAGAUCGACAUAUUGGUAUCAUUUUGGAAUAUGCCUCCGGCGGCGAGCUUUUCGACUACAUCUUGAAUCACCGAUAUCUCAAAGACCCGGCAGCCAGGAGACUGUUCGCUCAGCUUGUUUCUGGAGUUGGCUACCUUCACAAGAAAGGCAUCGUCCACCGCGACCUCAAGUUGGAAAACCUCCUUCUCGACCAGAAUCGCAACAUUAUCAUCACAGAUUUUGGAUUCGCCAACACAUUCGAUCCAAAAGACGAGCUGUCCGAUGAGAUUGUGUACAACCUCGGCAACAAAGAGUUUAUCAGGAAGUUCAAACUCGAUCGACUUGAUGCACGCGGGAUGAGAAGAGGCGACUUGAUGCAGACCAGCUGUGGUAGUCCUUGCUACGCAGCCCCUGAAUUAGUAGUUAGUGACUCCCUCUACACGGGCAGGAAGGUUGAUGUCUGGAGUUGCGGGGUUAUCCUGUACGCCAUGCUGGCCGGAUAUCUGCCAUUCGAUGACGACCCUGCAAAUCCUGAAGGCGACAAUAUCAAUCUCCUCUACAAGUACAUCACUACCACGCCAUUGACGUUCCCGGAAUAUGUCACCCCGCAUGCGCGAGAUCUUCUUCGCCGGAUUCUAGUUCCAGAUCCUCGAAAGCGGGCCGAUUUGUUUGAGGUCGCUCGACACAGCUGGCUCAGUGAUUAUCAGCAUGUCGUGUCCGAUAUGACCAGCAGUACCACUAAUGUCAGCGAUAUUCCGCAUGGUACCGUCCGAGCUGAAGACGAGGAACGACCCGCUGUUAAUAGAAGCGCAUCCGUACGCGAAGUACCUGUGAAACCUAGUCGUGCUUCUCCUGGCGCUCUUGCACGCUCCCCAGAAGGGCAGUUGCACGAAGGCGAUGAAGAUUCGACCGGUUCACGGCGAACCCGACAUACACUUCAACCGGAAUAUGUCGCUCCCCAGACUCAUACGGUUCGUGGGCAAGGUCCGGCUACAACAGAGCCAGCGGUCAGUCGCACUUUCGAAACAAGUCAAGCUGUUGCUCCCACGCAGUUAAUUUCGUUGUCGAAACCGCUACCUCAAGAUCCGCCCGUCGGCACUGCGCGAGAACGAGUGCCGACCGCUUCGCAGCGGAAGAUGCCACCUGUGCGUCCGGUUCGGGAAAUUCCAAGAUCAGUAUCGGACUCAACCAGCGCUUUUGGCACAGCUCCGGCACCGACAAGCCAAUAUGUGACUAGACCCAGCACUCAAGGAUCAAUGGCCUCUGCGAACGGCCCAGUUAACACCAGAUCCGACCUCCGUCUUCCCUCGCGCGGAUCGUAUGGUCAGCCGGUGGCUCCGACGGUCGCGACAACAAACGUCCAGGGUCGGGUUACGCAACCAACCAAGAGCAGUCGAGGUUACAACAUUUCUGGUCCUCUGCCACAGUCUGGUGCCCAAAACUCUAUUGGACAACCGAUGACGACGCCAAUGCCACCGCCUAGUUCGCAUCAACCACAGAAGACCACUCAUCACCGACGAUCGAGCACACUGAGUGGGCUCGGAGAGCGACUCUUUGGCAGAUCCAAUUCGGUGGUGAAGAAAGAUGUGGAGCGGCAAAAGAACGGACGGAAGUACCCGCCCACGAGCAUGAAAGAGAUUCCCUCUGAUGCGCAACCUCGUAUGUCGACAGAUUCGAAGCGAUCUUUUUCUUUUGGAUUGGGCAAGAAGAGGAGCACGGACAUGGAGAACCAGGCAAUAGAGAAGCCGGUACGACGAUUUUCACUUAUUCCUAAUUCGAUGUCGUUCAAAGGUCUGAUGGGGGCCGCAAAGGACGAAUAUCCAUCCAAACCGGGCACCCCGCAAGCUGAGCGUUUUGUUCCACCAGCUUCGAGCCGACCAGCAACCAGCCAGGAACAAAUCAACCAACACAUUCCCAGCACAGAUGGACAGUAUGAAGGGUCGAGGGCGGCGAAGUACAACAACUUCUCCCGGCCACCCCAGUCCCAAUAUCAGGCACCACGAGCCGCCACAACACAUGCCACGAAUGAUGUGUAUGGUGGGACUGCUGUUUACGCUCCGCAGGAACAGAGCACGCACCAACGUCAACAGAGUGAGGCAAUGGGACAAAUGAUGACAUAUACCGAAGGUACGCAACCGGGUGGUCGACCAUCAAUGCAACAAGGGCGCCAAGGUCGGGGAGUGCUGGUCAAGAACAACCGCAAGUUUACUGAAGCGUACGACCAAGAGCUAGGGCCGACCCAUCACAGCGGAAGGUCCGGGGCCGUCAAAAAGGUCCAAGAUUUCUUCCGUCGACGUCGAGCUCCGACGGACGGCGGCGAUUAUCGAUGA